AUGUCUAUCCCUUCGAGCGAAUGUGUGUAUGACGUGGUGGGUCUCGGUUUCGGGCCCGCAAAUAUCGCCGUAGCGGGCGCCAUCGUCGAGAAAUGGGGACAACCUGAGGUCGCCGGUAAUCGCAAUGACAUCCAGAAAGUUCUUUUCAUUGAAAAGAACGAUAAGUUUCGAUGGCACCCCGGAAUGCUCCUGCCAGACGCUCGAAUGCAAAUCAGCUUUUUGAAGGACUUGGCAACCCUACGCUCACCACAAUCGCCUAUAACCUUCCUGGCGUAUCUUAGCAGCCAGAAUCGACUCCUUCCGUUCAUCAACCGGGGGUCAACUAUACCCACACGAAAGGAGUUCGCCGAUUAUUUAUCUUGGGCAGCGGCCUACGUGCAAGAAAAGGGCGUCGGUGUCAAAUACGGACACCAAGUGGUCGGCCUUGAUGACCGACGGGAUGGCACCGUCGCCGUACGCAUGAAAAAGGUCGGCGCAGACGAGGAAACUACUGUGAUAGCUCGGAACAUUAUCAUAUCCCCCGGAGGCGCACCACGUAUCCCGGACGUCAUUACCGCAAUCUUUCCCCAUACAUCCAUUAUUCAUAGUUCAUCGUACGCAACAUCAAUCGGACGGAUCCUCAGCAGGAUGGUGUCUCGCCCGCUGGCUAUCGCAGUCGUAGGUUCCGGUCAGUCGGCCGCUGAAGUUACCAUGGACGUCCGCGAGCGGUUGAGUGCCAUUAGUGUUGGGGAUAGUCCACAAGUGCACGAGGUCGACAUGAUUAUUCGUCGAGGUUCCCUCAAGCCCAGUGACGACUCCCCUUUCGCUAACGAAAUCUUCGAUCCGUCAGCUACGGACGCAUGGUUUUCCUUACCCGCAGAUCACAUGAGAGCUGAUCGCCAUGCAGAGUACAAAAGCACCAAUUACGGUGUCGUAAAUCCCCGAACCUUGGAACAACUAUAUGAAAUCGUCUACGACCAAAGACUCGAAGAUAAUAUCGCCGACCGAACCAGAUGCGCUGGUACACAGAAGCCUAGGAUCAGCAUUCGUCCAUAUUCUUCGAUCCUCUCUGCAGAAUCUACGGAGGGCUUAGACGCGUCGAAAGUAAGGCUACUGAUACAGAACUCGAUUACACGCACCGUGGCCGAAAAGCGUUACGACGUUGUCAUUUGCGCGACUGGCUACGAGCGAUCUUCAUGGAAGUCACUCAUCGCCGAUUCCAACGUCGGGAAGUGGUUUGGGCUUGCGAACGGCGGACAUGCCAUCCAUCUGGCGCCCGAAACCACGCGCCCCCUCACACAAGUAGCGGAUCACUUACACAUGCACGCUCGGCUCGUAGAGCAAUCGAGACACGAGUCAGCAUCCCCCGGAAGCGAUAGCUCCUGCAGCACGCCUCCGACUUCGCCUCUUCCAUCCACACCACCAAGCGAAGAAAGCCAUGGAACAUCGAACACGUUGUAUGUUUCGCGUCAUUAUCGUCUCAUCCCCCUGCCCUCGCACGACGAAUCAGAGGGACCAAAAGCACGAAUCUAUGUCCAAGGUGUCGAAGAAGCUAGCCAUGGGCUAAGCGAUACGUUGCUGAGUGUGCUAGGGGUGCGAGCAGGAGAGGUCGUAGCGGAUAUGUGCAAGGUAUAA